AUGGCCGCCGACAUCGCCACCCUCUCACAGCUGCUCCAGGCCAGUCUGGACCCCCGCCAGAACAAGCAGGCGGAGGCAGCCAUUGCCCAAGAACAGACCAAGCCCGGCUUCUCCCUCGGCCUCCUCCAGAUCGUCGCCUCAGACGCCAGCCCCCAGACGACACGGUUAGCCGCCGCGCUCUACUUCAAGAACUUCAUAAAGCGGAAUUGGGUCGAUGAGGACGGCAACUACAAGCUGCCCGAGGGCGAGGUGGUGGCAAUCAAGAGCGAGCUGAUCGGCCUCAUGGUCUCGGUGCCUGCCAGCUUGCAGGCGCAGCUCGGCGAAGCUAUCAGCGCCAUUGCAGACAGCGACUUCUGGCAGCGGUGGGACACGCUGGUCGACGAUCUGAUUUCGCGCCUCACGCCCGACAACACGGUCGUCAACAACGGCGUCCUGCAAGUCGCACACUCCAUCUUCAAGCGCUGGCGGCCGCUGUUCCGCUCCGACGACCUCUUCACCGAGAUCAACCACGUCCUGUCCAAGUUCGGCACGCCCUUCCUCCAGCUGCUCGAGAACACCGACGCCCUCAUCACAAACUCCCAGGGCAACCCCGAGACGCUCAAGAACGCCUUUACCACACUGGACCUCUUGGUCAAGCUCUUCUACGAUCUCUCGUGCCAGGAUCUGCCUCCCGUCUUCGAGGACCACAUUGGCGUCAUUUCAGGCCUCUUGCACAAGUACCUCAUCUACGACAACCCCGCCCUACACACAGACGACGACACCGAGUCGGGGCCGCAGGAGUAUGUGCGCGCCGGUAUCUUCGAGGCGCUCAUGCUCUACAUUCAAAAGUACGAGGAUGUCUUUGGCUCGCACCUGGGCCAGUUCAUCGAGAGCACUUGGGGCUUCCUCAUGUCAGUAGGACUAGAAACCAAGUACGACAUCCUGGUCAGCAAGGCGCUGCAGUUCCUGACGUCGGUCGCCUCUACACAACACGCCGCAGCCUUCAACAACCAAGACGUUUUGGUCCAGGUCAUCGAAAAGGUCAUUCUGCCGAACCUGACACUGCGCGAGUCGGAUGUCGAACUGUUUGAAGACGAGCCGAUUGAGUUCAUCAGGAGAGAUCUCGAGGGAUCCGACAGCGACACCCGCCGUCGCGCCGCGACAAACUUCUUGCGCCAACUGAUGGCUCGCUUCGAGGCACUAGUCACGAGCACCUCCAAGACGUACAUUGACGCCUACCUCCAAGACUACGCCAAGGACCCGGCCAACAACUGGAAGUCCAAGGACACGGCAGUGUACCUCUUCACUGCAAUUGCCGCAAAGGGCACUGCCACCGCCGGCCAGGGUGUCAUGAGCGUGAACGAAAAUGUCAACAUUCUUGAGUUCUUCCAGGCGCAUAUCGCUGCUGAUCUGCAGGCACAAGGCGCCUCACCAAUUCUCAAGGUCGAUGCUAUCAAGUUCCUAUACGUCUUCCGCAGCCAGCUGUCAGCCGACCUGUGGCGUGCUGCAUUCCCACUACUCGUGAACCAACUGGGCGACGAAAACUACGUCAUCCACACAUAUGCGGCCAUCGCGGUAGAACGAGCUCUGUUCAUGACCGACAGCAACCGACAGCCCAUUAUUCCCAAGGCUGACGUUGUAGGCUCAACAAAGGAUCUCCUGGCGCACCUGUUCAAGCUCAUCACCAAGAACUCUGCUCCUGAAAAGAUUCAAGAGAACGAGUUCUUGAUGAAGUGUGUCAUGCGUGUGCUCAUCUUUGUGCGCGAUGGCGUUUUGCCAAUCUGCGAAACCGUCUUGCAAAACUUCAUCAAUAUUGUCAAGGUUAUUCGCCACAACCCCAGCAACCCUCGCUUCCAGUACUACUUGUUUGAGGGCAUCGGAGCGCUGGUUCGAUUCGGUGCACCCAAGCACCCUCAGUUCUUUGAGGAGAAACUCUACGAGCCAUUCGCUGCCUGCUUGCAGGCCAACGUUGAGGAAUUCUCUCCCUACAUUUUCCAAAUAUUUUCUGCAUUGCUCGAGGCCAACCCCUCCGGUGAGCUGAGCGAGUACUACAGGAGUCUGUUCGCAAUCAUUAUCCAGGGUGCAGUCUGGGAGCAGCGCGGUAACGUGCCGGCCUUGGCCCGCCUGCUCAGCGCCAUGGUCGCCCGCGAUGCCCAGCAUAUCGUCGCCAACAAGCACCUGGAGCCUAUUCUGGGUAUCUUCCAGAAGCUCGUCACCAGCAAAGCACAUGAGACGUACUCGUUUGAACUCAUCGAGUCUGUCGUCGCUCACAUUCCAGCCGAAGCCCUUCAACCGUACUUUGUUACCAUCCUCCAGCUGAUGCUGACAAGGCUGUCCAACAUGAAGACAGAGAACUUCCAGCAGCGCUUCAUUGCCUUUUACCACUUUGUUUCUGCGCGACUUGACAAGGGACUUGGUACCGAUUUCUUCAUCAGCGUCACCGACCAGAUCCAGCAUGACAUAUUCAAGCCCAUCUACUUAACUGUCAUCCUCCCCGAUACGCAAAAACUUGCGCGACCCACAGACCGCAAGACUGCUGUGGUGUCAUUUACCAAGACUCUAGGAGAUUCACAAGCGUUUGUCGACCGGUACCCCAAGGGCUGGAUGCUCACCACUCAGCGCCUGAUUGAACUCCUGGUCAACCCACCAGUGCCCACCGCUGCUGAUGACAUUAUUCCUGACGCCGAUGUGGACGAGCUUGGCUUUGGUGUUGGUUUUACGCAACUCAACACAUGCAAAAAGGCACCUCGCGAUCCUUUCCCCGAGAUUGCUGACGUAAAGCAAUGGGUUGGUGAAUAUCUCAAGGAUGCCAACGCACGUCAUGGCGGCCGCAUUGUCAAGAUUGUACAGGAACGACUGGAUGAAACGUCCAAGCAGGCAUUGGCGGCGUACCUAAGCUAAAUGUACGUGCAAAAGUGGUGCGCCCGGUUUAUGGUAGAGACGAACUUGGAUUGGCAAAAAAAGCGUGGAUGAAUGAGACGGACGAAGCUGGCCUCUUAACAACAUGGGAUAUGAUACCAGGGUUAGAAUAAGGGGUUGGAGUUUUUCUUAUUGAUAAAUGUUUUCUCGUAAUCAGCCGACACGAGAUAUGGCAAGCUACUGUUA